UGCAAAACAACUAUGAUGAGAAAGAACGCUUUGUCAUUCUCAUGCUUAUCACGGUUCACCUCAAAAAUAGCCACAAGCAUAGCCCUUGGAGUAGUUUUCCGCGGGUAUGACGGUUCAAAAUCUCCACCAUGACAAUGAUCCAGAAGCUAGCAAAGCCUUUUGGUUUGGAGCUGUUGGCUCAGUUGCAACAAGGAGGGUCUUCACCCACCCCUCAAACCCUCAACAAAAUCAUAUCCUCUUGCGCAACAUCUACUUCUUUGGACUUGGGUAUUAGGCUUCAUGCAGUUGUUAUCAAGUUGGGUUUUUGUUCUAAUAUCUAUAUAUGCAGUGCUCUCGUUGAUAUGUAUGGAAAAUGUGGCUCGUUGGCGAAUGCCCAGAAACAGUUUGAUGAAAUGUCUGACAGAAAUGUAGUUACUUGGAAUUCUUUGAUUUCUGGUUAUUUGCAAGCUGAGUUGCCAAAAAGGGCAAUUGGGUUGUUCCUGGAGCUGUUAAAAGUGGGGGUAGUGCCAACGCCGUUCAGUCUGUCGGGGGCCUUGGUGGGUUGCUCACAAUUAGAAGCAGAAGAGCUUGGUGCUCAGGUUCAUGGUUUGAGCCUGAAAACAGGGCUCUGCUAUAAUGUUGUUGUGGGAACAGGAUUGAUAGAUAUGUAUUCAAAGUGUUGUGGUGUUAAUGAUUCAAGGCGGGUGUUUAAUCAAAUGCCAGAAAGGAAUGUUAUAACUUGGACUUCCAUGGUUACUGGCUAUGCACAGAAUGGACAAUCUGAUGAGGCGAUGAUUUUAGCAAGGGAAAUGCUGCGGUUGGCCCAGACUUUUGGGAUCAUUGCAGGCAAAUUCAUUGCCGGAUAA